AUGGAUGCGAGCGAGACUAGCGUCGUCUACAAAUUUAUAAGCGAUGAUGUUAUCAGCAAAGCUCGAAGCCAACUCGAAAUCGACGAUACUCUUCUUAACGAGCUUCACGCGAAUUGGAAAAAGAAGAUGAUACAAGCCGGAGUCAUAAACGGAACGAUCGAUAUAUCUCCUUCUUCGAUUCACACAACCACAACUACGCCUAGGGAUCCAAAUCCUCCACUUAGAUAUGCUGAAAGUGGAAGUGACAUUGAUGCUCAGAUUCCAAAGCCGGAUCCAUCCACGGAACUUACGUUGUCUAUAAAGAAUGAGCGUGAUAUUCCUCAGCAUGAUGGAGCUAAUGAUGGUGUCACUGAUCCAAACAUUUAUGGUCCUAAUGAUAUGGAUGAGGAGAUUUUGAACGAGAACGAUGAUGAGGAAGAUGCUUAUAAUGUCGAUAAUGAUAAGGACAUUCCGCAUUUGGUUAUGUGUCAGUUUGAUAAUGUGAAGAAGCGUAAGAACAAGUGGGAUUGCAGACUCAAAGCUGGAGUUAUGCAAAUUAACGGCAAAAAUAUUAUUUUCUCAGAGGUGGAACCAACUUCUUUCAUAUAA